AUGCUUCAGUCGUUGCCUUGCUUCUUUUCGUUCCCUUUUUGUAAAAAAAAAUUUCAACAAGAAAAAAAUAAAACAAGAGUUAAUUUUUUUUGUGUACUCUAAGAGAAAAACAGAAAAAUACUAAAUGUAUGCAAUACAUCCCCGGCAACGGCGCAAAAAUUUGAUGUGACUUAGUCGUUGUAUAUUAAAUCACGUAAAUAUAAAUUUUCUAAAACUAGAAAAUACGAAUUUUUGGAUAUUUUGAAGUAUUUCUUAACAAAUGUUUCAAUUAUAAUUCAAUAAAACUUCCAAAAAUAGUAGUAAUUUUCCAGGUUGAUCACAGGGAUGUAAUAUAAUAUCUGGUAAUUAUUCAGAAUUGUCUGCAAAGAAUACUAUUUUCUAUGAGUUUUAUAUUAGGAAAUGAAAAGGAAAUAUAUUUAAAAUUCACAAAAAAGAAAAUAAGGGUGCGGACGUCAUGAUGACGUUAGCGCUCGGCAAAUGCGAAUCGGGCAGAAACAGAGUUCCGCCCGACGAUUCUUACAUAAGUGAUUACAGACGAUUUAAUUGAUGAAAUUAAGAUCUGUAAAAGCUAGAAGAAUCGUAAUUGAGUGAAGUAUAUUUUGGUAAAUUAAAAUCACACAAAUUAUCACUAAAUGAAGCGUAAAGUAAGGUGAAAGUAGGAAAAGAGAGUUCCGGCGUUGCGGCAGUGAUACGUCGGUGAUGCACCAAAAUCCUGAGCAUUCAGGAGGAUAGUCAUGUAAUGUCCACGGGCUUGAAGGCUCUCCUUGGACAAGGACAAUGUGGGCAAUCUCUAGAUCUCCUUGCGAAGUCUAGAGAUCAAUGAAAUAGGUCGUCGAAUCAUCUCCAACAGCUAUCACCCGGCGGAGUGGAAAAACGGCAACUUUGUGGCUCUCCGGCGGCUGUCACUCGAUGGAGAGGAGCUGGAUGGAGAUGGGGCGCAUGUUAGGGAGCUUCAUCCUCAAGUUCGUGCAGCAAGAGGAGGCUCUUCAUCGCAUUUGGUACGCUCUUAGGAGGUGGCAACUCGUCUCCCGGCAGAUCGUCCUCUUCCCAACGACACCUUUUUCGUCGAUCAAUCGGAGAUGCUUUACUUGAUAGAUUCGCAAUCCUUUUAUCACGAAUCGUUCAGUAAUUUUAGUAACAAUGCUCCACGAAUCGCAUUGACGAGAUUUUUGCCGAUGAUCUAACGAUUCUGGUUGCUUAAUCCUUCACCGGCGAUCUGCAGGAAAGUUACGAUAAUCAGAUAAAAAAAUAUGAGUUUUGGCUCUAGGAGGAUUCGAACUUGUGCCGGUUGCCCCACCCCUUUUGGGAAGGUGACGCGGGUUUAGUCCCAAAUCGGUUGUGCACCAAAUUUUUGGGCGAAUAUAUAGUAAUGUUAGAUUUCUAAGCAAGUCCCUUUCUCGCGCGUGUACAACCACUCCUUGCCCCACAGCUGGCUGGCCACUAGUGACGUGGAAGGGGAGUGGCACACAAGAUUUGACGAUGGCUACAUUUUGCUUCAAGUUUAGGAAAACAUCUAGAGGGUGCAAUGUAUAAAAGGUAUUCAUAAGUCUUCAUUAUCAUGAGUUAAUAAUUAGUAAAUAAUAUAGUUUUAGCCUUAACUCAUGAUAAAUAGACUUAUACUUGUGUUAAAGUGUGAAAAGUGGUUUUCAAUUGAUGAAUGUGAAUUUUUCGGUAAUUAUGUGAUUUUACAUGAAUUUAUAUGAUUUUUACAGUCUUGCUUUUGAGAUAAAUGAAGAAAAAGAAAUAAAAAUAAGACAAAAUGAGGUGGGACCCGCUGGCCAGCCAGGCCCGCAAGCGGGUCAAAAGCUUAGUCGGGGAGUAGUCGCGAGCAGGGGCUCGAGUGGCUUGGACCGAUAGGGGCACGUGUGCGCCACUCCCCUUCCACGUCACCGGUGGCUAGCCGACUGUGGGGCAAGGAGUGGUCGUACACGCGAGAGAAGGGACUUCGCUUAGAAAGCUAACAUUACUAUAUAUUCGCCUGAAAAAUCGACACACAAUCGAUGUGGGACUAAACCCGCGUCACACCUUCCUCAGAAGGGGAGGACAACCAGCGCGGGUUUGAAUCCUCCCAGAGUCAAAAUUCAUAUAUUUUUACCUGAUUAUCGCGACUUUCUUGUAGAUCGCUGGUGAAGGAUUAAGCAACGAGAAUCGCUGGAUCAUCGGCGAAAAUCUCGCCAACGCGAUUCGUGGAGCAUUGCUACUAAAAUUCCUGAACGAUUCACGAUAAAAGGAUCGCCAAUCCAUUGAGUAAAUCAUCUCCGAUUGAUUGACGAACAAGCCGUCGUCGGGAAGAGGACGAUCCACCGGGAGACGAGUCGCCACCUCCUGAGAGCAUACCAGAUGCGAUGAAGAGCCUCCUCUUGCUGCGCGAACUUGAGGAUGAAGCUCCCUGACACGCGCCCUACCUCCAUUCAGCUCCUCUCUGUCGGGUGACAGCCGCCGGAGAGCCGCAAAGUUGCCAUUUUUCCGCUCCGUCAGGUGACAACCGUCGGAGACGACUUGACGAUCCAUUUCAUUAAUCUCUAGACUUCACGAGAAGAUCUAGAGAUUGCCCACGUCGUCUUUGUCCAAGGAGAGCCUUCGAGGCUGUGGACACUGCACGACGAUCCUCCCGAACGCUCAGGAUUCUGGUGCAUCGCCGUCGCGACAUCGGAACUCUGUUUUCCUGCUUUCAAUUUAAUUUACGCUUCAUUUAGUGAUACUUUGUGUGAUUUGAAUUUACCAAAAUAUACUUCGUUCAAUUACAAUUCUUCCGGCUUUUACAGAUCUUAAUUUGAUUAAUUAAAUCGUCUGUAAUUGCUUACGUACGAAUCGCCGAGCAGAACUUUGUUUCCGCCCGAUUUGCAUUCGCCGGGCGCUUACGUCAUCCUCACGUCCGCACCCUUAUUUCCUUUUUUCGUGAAUUUUAAAUAUAUUUCCUUUUCAUUUCCUAGUAUAAAACUCAUAGAAAAUCGUAUUCAUUGAGAAAAAAUCUGAAUAAUUACAAAAUAUUAUAUUACAUCCCUGUGAUUGACCUGGGAAAUUACCGCUAUUUUUGGAAGUUUUAUUGAAUUAUAAUUGAUAUAUUUAUUUAGAAAUACUUCUAAAUAUCUGAAAAUUCGUAUUUUCUAGUUUUAUAAAUUUUAUAUUUGCGUGGUUUAAUAUACAACAACUAAGUCACGUCAGGUAUAUAUGAUGACAUUCAUCCAUGUGAAUCAUAUAAGAUUUAACUUUGUCAAAAUAUGCUUUUCAAAUUGAAAACAUUACAAAGCAUAGCUAUGUGACUUUUAUUUCAAACUCCUCUUUAUCUACCCAAUCUUCUAUGAAUUUAGAUGUUUCUUAAUUUUUAGAUCAUCACUAAAGAAAUCAUACUUUUACUAUGAUGGGAACCAAUUAUGGCAUUACAUUACUUUCAAUUUUGGACUGCAUGUGGUUCUGAACACAUUAUGGGGUGGAUGUGUGUCCUUUGGUGGACACAUAAGCUUCCAAUACAUAAUUAUUAUUUCUUCAUAACUUUACGUAUUCUAAUAAAUAAUAUUUCUAAUAAUAUUUAAUAUUCUAAUAAAUAAAUAUAACCUAAACUAUAAAAUUCGUGCCAUUUAAUCCAAUACUUGUAGUGUUCAUUUAUUUAAUGAUAAAUUUUUUAGUUUUGGUAAACUAUAGUAAUUAUUCAUUGCAACUAAUCAUUAUGAUUGUAUGAAAUAAUAUUAGAUUUCUUCCCUUUAAUACUGUAUUUUUAUGUGCCAGCUUUCUUAUAAAGAAGUAAUAUUCAUUAUUUAUGCAUAAAAUUUACAUUUAUGGGUCUAAUAAUUGUUUUUGAUAAUUUGUAAGUGUGAAUGUACUUAAACAUAUUAUAUUCCUGUACUUAAUAGGUUACGUCUAAAGUGGUGCCAUUUCCAAGGUGAAUAAAUAGUAGGUACAAAACAUUUCUAAAGUUUAAAUGUUGGCAAUAAAUGAUACAUAUUCCUAGCAAAAGUAACUAUUAUAUAAAUAUCUACUUAUACUCACGCCCUCUAAAUGAUUGUCUUAUAUUAUUAUCAUUGAUUGAUAUAGUUUCUCUUUUUGCAUAAAUAAUUACACACCUUUAUCAAUAGUUAUGAUUACAUUAAAAAAGUAUUAUAUUCAUGCCCUUAAUAUGAGGCUUUUAAACUAUCAUUUUCUUUAUGAAUAAAUAAGAACAAUAAUAAUAAAUAAUUUAGUCAUGAGAUUUAUGUUUUCUCAAUUGGCACUUUACAGAUUUUAUUUAUAUUCUUACAUGUACAUGGUCAUGGUCUGUCAUCAAUCAAACAUUUUAUCCGUUUCUUUCUAUGACACUCAUCUUCUUCAUGAUUUACCUGCAAUCUUCCACGUUUUUGGUGAACCUGUUGGAAACAUGGUCAGCCUAUUUAACAACAGAUGAUAGAGCCAUGAAAAAGAGAUAAAACCAUCUGACAUAAAAUAAAAAUAUGCGAGGUAAUUUCAGUGAUGUCAUGUUUGCAACCACCUUCAAAAUUGCAUCAAUCCGAAUGGUCUUUAACAGGGUGCAGGGGGAGCAUAUCAAGCUUCCAAAAAGAGAAAUGAGCUUCGAGUAGGUGGGCUGCUCAACAAAUUGUAUCUUCUUCACUGCUUCAAGGAAUUGUGCGAAAGGAGGGGGACAGCCACCACACAGCGUCUCGGGGGAGGUUACAGUCUUGUUCAUGAAGACUAGAAACCUCUUGUCAUUCCCCUACAUAGUUGGCAUAAGAAUCAGCAAGUGAUGAAUCAAAGAGAUCGGAGAACAUGUACAAGUAGAGGUGGAAGCAAACCUGAUAGCCUUCCCACGGCAGCCUUCCUUUAAUCAAAAAAAUCAGAGUGUAGGCCAAUGACUCAAGAUCAUCUCUUCUACUCGCUGUGAGGCCUAAAUGUGCAUGGACGCUUGCAUAUCGUGUUGUGCCCCUAGGGAACAUGAGAUAGAUAGUAAGGUAGGGGUAAGAUUUUAUGAAUCCUCAUCUUAGCUAAGAAUUUAGGGAAAAAAUAGAAUAUCGUUUCCCAAAAAACCUGAAAUUAUCUGGCUGUUGGCAUAAUCUGACAUGCUGGCCUGACAAACUGUCCCUCCACAUUGAAGCUGAUUAAAAUAUUAAUGACACCAAUUAGCAUUUGUACAGGCUCUGAACAAAGCACAAAAAUAUCACUGAUGUUGAUACAGACAGGGACUUCUCAGUCAAGACAAAUUUGUUUAUAUACUUGGAAAAACAAACCCUACUCUAAAAUCAAUAGGCGCGAGAGGUGAAAACAAGAAGUGAUUGGAAUGCAGCAACAUACCCAGCCCAAAGUCGAUGAGAAAAAGCUUCUUCUCCCCUGAGCUUCUGGGUUUACCCAACAAUAAAUUCUCUGGCUUGACGUCUCCAUGCACAAACCUGGCAUGUUUUUUUUUUGUGUGGGUGGAGGGAGGGAGUGCACAAGGGAGCAAUGAAUUAAUUACUGUGACCUUUGCGAAAAUAUAAUUGAAAAAAUAUCACACUGCCACAAAGCCCUACAUACCCUUUUUGGUGUAGCUUCUCAAGGAUGGAUAUUGCCUCCACAGCAAUACAAGCCACCAUAUUUGGUGGCAUUCUGUCCAAGGAGUUAGUCAAACUCAAUAGCACAAUUUUCAACAGAAUAUUGACUUUGAAUAUGAAGUCAAGAUUAUUUUCUUACACUUGCCCAAUGGAUAUGAACACAUCCAGAAGACUUGGUCCAAGGAUGUCCAUGAUCUGCAGCAAUCAUCAUCAACAAUAUCAUAACUAGCUUUCAAUAAAAAAUAUAAUUCGAGGAAACAAUAAAAUGAAAGACUCUACGCCAACCAUGACGAAAUAAUCUCCUUGGCGGCCCUUGUAGUGCACCCUAGGUAAUCCAUAGCAUCCCUUGAGAUGGCUAAAACCAUAUUCACAAAGUCAGGUGAAGAACAUAGUUUUAGAUCGACACAAUACGUAAUAAAUUAGAGCAGUAGGGGGUGUCUUCUUACUCAUAAACUUGCCAUUCAUAUGGGGGGCCAAAUCUGCAACCCGUGCUAUUUCUAUGCUCAAACUUCAGUGCUACCUACACCCACCGCAGGAAAAUGAAAGAGACAACAUAAAACAGCAGUAUUUAAAGAUUCCCGUGGCAGGAGUGAUGGGAGGUUGAAACUAAACCUUAAAGGCAUUGGGCCCAUUGCCCUGAGAUCCACCAGCCACCCUUCGUCCAAUGUAGACCAGCCCAAAACCUCCUGCUCCCAACAUUCUCUCUACCUUGUAUAAUGGAGAAUUUCCGACCUGCACCUGUCGAUUUUGGAUAGGACAUUCCUAUUGUCAAGAUGUGAUGUGCUUUGGGAUGCGGAGAGAAAGCUCUCUACAGUCGCCGUCAAGGAAAGGAAUGAGGGACGUCGAAGCAUGUACCCGAUCCGGGAUGGGAGACAUCCUCGCUUCCUCCUGUAGCCCGACAACCUCGUCCACACUUCCUCCCUCGAUUCCAGCUGCUUUCUCAACAGGACAGCCCGCCACCAAGUUCUGAUGGCUUUUCUGGGUGGGGAAUAACGCUCGGGAGAGGUGCAGGUACGGAGGGUGUUGUUUCCUGCCGGAAAUCACCGGGUUCUUCUCCAGACCCUGGUCGAUCGCUCAGCGAUCUGAAAAUCGAAUGUGCCCCUUGAUUCAACACGCUCACCCGUCACCGUCAAUCGAUAAACCUUGCUGAAAUAAUCUUUUCUCCUCCAGACUGUAACACUCAUCCGUCCCCAAAGAGCAAUCUGAUGGAAGUCUAAAGAAGAAGAUAGAUCCCCCUACCCAGACCAAACAUCAAAUCGAAUCAGCAACGAAGCGGCAAAACAAAUCGGAAGAAAGUAAAUAAAUAAGAGGAAGGAGGAAAGCCAGAGCUUUCUUCAGCAAUCUCGCACCACCCGCACCACCGCAGGCAACCGAAAGUCCAAAUCAAAGAAAAUAAAGAUCCCAUCGAAAGAGUCCACAAGAAGAUGCCCCCGACACAGAGAAAAUCACGAACCCAUCGAAAGACGGCACUAGAACAUAACCCCCGAAUCAACGAAAGGCGAGAAUUCGUCGAAAGACGGCACCAGAACAUACCCGGAGCGGCCUUUCAGGGAAGCAGAAGCCUGGGAACGUACGACCUCUCCGUGAGGCGGCGCCGACCGUGACCUCGGCGUCUUCGGCGGUGGACUCCUCCACCGGAUGCGGCCUCCCACUCUUCCUCCGGAUUCGCGCACGAGAAAGGGAUCCAGAAGAACUCGACGGAGAGGAGAGGAGAAGGCGGCCGGCUGUCCGAACUCCGCCGUGCUUCGUAGAGCGAGGACGCAUCCACAGAAAGAAAGCGAGAGCAAGAUAGAGUGAGAGAGAGCAGACAGACAAAGGGAGCGAGAAAAGGCGCGAAAGAAAGAGAGAUCAAUGACAGCCUCACUCUAUCACCCGCUCCUCUUUUACGUUCUGCCAUUAGGUACGGAUCUCCAAUUACAUUUCUCUCUGGGGUCUGACGUAAAUUGUGCCAAUUUCUGUUCACGAUGUCCAUUGAAAUGUCGUCGAAUCCGUGUGGGCCACGUGUCCCACAUCUGCUUAAGUCUCAUGCUAACUCGUCGGUUCUGCUUCCACUGUCGACCUGUUGAUGGUUUAACUUUUAGCCUCUGAAUAUUCCGGCCCAUUGGGUCACUUGGCUCGGCCCAGCCCAACUCAUUCUGAUUUUCUUUUAUUUUAGACCUUUAUUAAUUCCUAAAAAAUAUCAAAAACUCUUAGAAAUUAUGAGAAAUUCUAGAAAAAUUCAGAAAAUCCAGAAUAAAUUCUAGAAAAUCCUAAAACUCACAUAAAAAAUAUUUCAUGCAUAAUUAUGUAAAAUUAAUUAUCUUAAAAUAAUAUUAAAAAUAUUAACAUGCAUGUUUAUGUAUGAAUGAAAUCUGAAUACGUACGAAUUAAAUGUAACAUGUAUUAUUUCUAUUAAUUUUAUGCACUAAAUAUUGAUAAAUAUAAGGUAAAUACAGAUAAUGAAGACUUAUCAACCACAACAUAAUAACUAGACUAAGAUGAUCUAGUUCAAUCAUUUUCAUCCACAAUAUACUAUCAUUAGCCGUUUAUUGUCGCACCACAUACCCAUGAAUACAACCUAAAACUCCUUCAUACUUCAAAGAAUAAUGAUCAUGGUAAAGAAUUCACCUAUCUUUUUUUCAUGAGAUCCACACCCCUAAUCUAGAGAAGGUAAACUUUUCUAAUUGACUUACCCUUUCAAAGGAGCAUUAGGCUUUGUUCAUUUAAGCAUACGUGUUUGUGCAAUAAUCAAUGCAGCAAAAGUUUUAAAAUAUUCAUAACAUUUUUGAAUUUUUUUUGUUCUCCCCCCUACUUGAAUGAUGCAUUAUCUCUAAUGCAUGCAAAUGAAGGAAGAGAUAACCUCCCCCCUACUUAAGUCUUGCAUUGUCCUUAAUGCAUGUGAGAGAAGGGAAAAGAGAAGAAAAUUCUGAUUUUUAUGCCCCAUCUACUACACCGUUGCCCCUGAAUGGUUCUAACUAAAGCACUCGACCAAUAAAAUAUGCCUGAAACAAAAGCUAGUAAGGAAAUUGAUGUGACUUAGUCGUUGUAUAUUAAAUCAUGCAAAUAUAAAAUUUAUAAAACUAGAAAAUACGAAUUUUUGGAUAUUUAGAAGUAUUUCUGAACAAAUAUAUCAAUUAUAAUUCAAUUAAAGUUCCACAAAUAGCGGUAAUUUUCUAGGUCGAUCACAGGGAUGUAAUAUAAUAUCUGGUAAUUAUUCAGAAUUUUCCUCAGAGAAUACUAUUUUAUAUGAAUUUUAUACUAAGAAAUGAAAAGGAAAUAUAUUUAAAAUUCACGAAAAAAGGAAAUAAGGGUGCGGACGUCAGGAUGACGUCAGCGCCCGGCGAACACGAAUCGGGCAGAAACAAAGUUCCGCCCUGUGAUUCUUACAUAAGUGAUUACAGACGAUUUAAUUAAUCAAAUUAAGAUCUGUAAAAGCCGGAAGAAUCGUAAUAGAACAAAGUAUAUUUUGGUAAAUUAAAAUUACAAAAAUUAUCACUAAAUGAAGCGUAAAGUAAGUUGAAAGCAGGAAAACAGAGUUCCGGUGUCACGAUGGAAUAAUAAUCUUCCUAGUAUCUUUUGGUAUCAAUCAAUCUAAUUGAUUUAAUGCAUGCAAUAUGAUGUAAGAAAUUUGUAAAUUAGAUAGUUUUGAUAGUUCUGUUUUCUGUUUUCAGUUCUAUUUUAGCAGCAAUAAAUUUGUCAAAAAUAAAUCAAAACUAUCUUCUUUAUAGCUGUAAUUUCGAAUUUCAGUAAUAUAUGUCUAGGGGAUUGAAAUGUGAGAAAAGGGUCUCUAUAAUUUAAAAUUUCAGGUUGUUUUUUUGUCUGCUGUUUUUGACAGUUUGUUGUUCUUGACAGAAAACCAGAAAAUAGAUGUUGCAGUUUUUCUGAAUUUUAUUUUAUUUUUAUUUUUUUAGUUGCUGUUCUAAGUUGAAUAAAAUGCAAACACAUGUUCUUAAUCGUCUUACAGCAUAAAUUAAUAAUGAAUACUUCACCCCCCAACUUAAAAAUGACAUUGUCCUCAAUGACACAGAAAAAUCGAAACAGAAUAUGUAGAAAAUAGAAUUUUCAAGUGAAGCAUGCAUAUCUACAAAGUUAAGCAUUAAAAAUAUUUUCAUAAAUGAUGAAGCUCAGAAAGACAUUACCUCAACCUCGUUUUUAAUUUUCCACUUCAUCUUACACUCCUCCUGCACUUUUUCGAAAAAAACAAAUACAGAAACAAGUACUAUGAAAUUCUAAGAAAAAUAGAGCUUUAAAAAAAUCAAACAAAAUGAAAUAAAAACCAUGGGUUGCCUCCCAUGCAGCGCUGAAUUUAAUGUCUCCAACUAGACUCCUUGAUCUUACUCUUGAAUUUCUUCUAAUAAUAAAAUUUCUUUUUCUACAAGGCGUUCAUGUUCUAUGUAAUGUUUAAGCCGUUGUCCAUUUACCUUAAAGUUAUGAUCACUUUUAGGAUCUUUAAUCAUUACAGCUCCAUGAUCAUAUGUCUCUUCCACCACAUAAGGCUCUUUCCAUUUUGAUUUUAAUUUUCCUGGGAAUAAUUUCAGCCUAGAAUCAUAUAACCACACUUUUUGUCCAACAUCAAUUUUUUUUCUGCUAAUAUAUUUAUCAUGAAAAGUUUUAGUUUUUUCUUUAUAUAUUCUAUGAUUUUCAUAAGUUUCAUUCCUCAACUCUUCUAGUUCAUGUAGCUGAAAAAUUCUAUGCCCACCAGCUGAUUUCUCAUCCAUACAUAAAUUUUUUAUAGCCCAUAAUGCUUUAUGCUCUAUUUCCACAGGAAGAUGACAUGGCUUUCCAAAAAUGAGACGAAAUGGGGACAUACCUAUGGGAUUUUUAUAAGCUGUAUAAGCCCAUAAUGCAUCUUGUAAUUUCGUGGGCUAAUCUUUCCUAUCUAGUUUAACUAUUUUUCUCAAAAUUCUCUGAAUUUCCCUAUUUACUACUUCAGCUUGCCCAUUUGUUUGGGGAUGAUAUGGAGUGGCUACUCUAUGGUGUACUCCAUUCUUUUUCAACAGUUCCCUAAAAUGUUUAUUUGUAAAAUGUGUUCCUUCAUCACUAAUAAUCACUCUAGGACAUCCAAAUCUCGAAAAAAUAUUUUCCUGCACAAAUUUCAUCAUGAUUUUAUGAUCAUUAGUUCUAGUAGGAAUAGCUUCCACCCACUUCGACACAUAAUCAAUAGCAAGCAAAAUAUAUUCAUAUUUUUCAGCUGAUGGGAAGGGACCCAUGAAAUCUAUUCCCCAUACAUCAAAAAUUUCGACUACUAACAUGUUACUCAAGGGCAUUUCAUCUUUUUUACUCAUGUUACCUAUAGAUUGACAUGAAAUACAUGUUCUACUAAAUUCUAUAGAAUCUCUAAUGAUUGUAGGCCAAUAAAAACCACACUGAAAAUUUUUUGCAACUGUUUUUCGUCCAGAGAAAUGUCCUCCACGGUUAGAUGAAUGGCACAUGUUAAUAAUGCUAUGAUAUUCUUCUUCAGGAACACAUCUCCUUAAAAUUUGAUCAUUGCCCAAGUAAUAUAAAUCAGGAUCAUGCCAAAAAUAAUUUCUAAUCUUAGAAAAGAAAUGAUGUUUUCUGUUCUUAUCCCACUGUUCUGGAGUUUUUCCAGAAACUAGAAAAUUAACAAUAUGUGCAUACCAUGGUGAUGGUUGAUGUUGAGCUGCCAUCAAUUGUUCAUCUUGAAAUGCGUCUUGUAAAGGUGCUGCAUUUAUUCCUAUAUCACUUAAUCUAGAAAGAUGGUCAGCAACAACAUUCUCGAAACCUUUUUUAUCUUUUAUUUCUAAGUCAAAUUCCUGCAACAAUAAAAUCCAUCUUAAUAAAUGUGGCUUUGCAUCUUUCUUAUUUAACAGAUAUUUUAAUGCUGUAUGAUCAGUAUAAAUAAUAAUUUUAGCUCCCAAAAUAUAUGAUCUAAACCUUUCUAACGAAAAUACUACAGCUAACAACUCUUUUUCAGUCGUGGUAUAAUUUAAUUGAGCAUCGGGUAUAGUUUUACUAGCAUAUGAAAUUACUAUGGGUUUUGACUCUUUUGUUUGUCCUAGAACAACCCCCACUGCAUAAUUCGAUGCAUCACACAUUAUUUCAAAGGGAAGGGACCAAUCAGGAGCUUGUAAAAUGGGUGCCUCAGUAAGUAAUCUUUUUAUUUUAGAAAAAGACUCAAAGCAUUUCUCAUCAAAAUUAAAAGGCACAUCUUUAGAUAAUAGCAUGGUGAGAGGUUUAGAAAUGUUCAAAAAAUCCUGAAUAAAUUUUCUGUAAUAACCUACAUGACCCAAGAAAGAUCUAAUCUGUUUUCCUGAAUUUGGAGGUUUCAUUUUAGAUAUAAUAUCAAUUUUUGCUCUAUCCACCUCUAAACCCCUUUCACUCACAAUAUGACCCAACACAACUCCCUCUUUAACCAUAAAAUGUGAUUUCUCCCAACUCAAAAUUAAUUUUUUCUUUAUGCAUUUCUCAAGUACAUGCUGUAAAUGAUUUAAGCAUUCAUCAAAAGAUUCGCAAAAAACAAAAAAAUCAUCCAUAAAAAUCUCCAUGUAUUUUCCAAUCAUAUCAGAAAAAAUAGACAACAUACAUUUUUGAAAUGUGGCUGGAGUAUUACACAGACCAAAAGGCAUGCGUUUAAAAGCAAAAGUACCAAAUGGACAAGUGAAAGUUGUUUUUUCUUGAUCUAAAGGGUUUAUAUAAAUUUGAUUAUAACUAGAGUAUCCAUCUAGAAAACAAAAAAAGUUUUUUCCAGCUAAUUUUUCUAGAAUUUGAUCAGUAAAUGGUAGGAGAAAAUGAUCUUUUCUAGUAACUGAAUUUAAUUUUCUAUAAUCAAUGCAAACCCUCCAACUAGUAGUUAAUCUUGUUUGUAUUUCAUCCCCAUUUUCGUUUUUUAUAACUGUGAUCUCUGAUUUUUUUGGCACCACUUGUGUAGGACUAACCCAUUUGUUAUUUGAAAUAGGAUAAAUAAUAUCAGCAGCCAGCCACUUUAAAAUUUCUUUUUUUACAAUUUCCAUCAUGUUAGGAUUUAAUCUUCGUUGUGGUUCCCUACUAGUUCUAGCCCCUUCCUCUAGAUAUAUACUAUGCAUGCAUACACUCAUAUCAAUGCCCCUUAGAUCAUCCAUUUUCUAGCCCAUAGCCUUCUUAUUUUUUCGAAGUACAUCUAAUAAUUCUUCUUCCUGUUCAUCACUCAAAUCAGCUGCAAUAAUAAUAGGAAAUGAAUUAUUUUCCUCCAAAAACAUAUAUUUUAAACUAGAGGGAAGAGGUUUCAACUCUAAAUUCAAAUGAUCUUCCUCUUUCUUUUCUUCUAAAUUUAUAUUCUCUAUUUCCUCUAAUUCUUCCAGCACACAGUCAUCAAUAACAUCUGGAUCAUCAAAAUCAUCUAGAAGAUCUAUGGUAUGACAAUCAUAUACUUGGGAUUUCUUAAGAUCAUUUGAUACCUCAAAAAUUUUAAUUUCUACUGAUUGAUCUCCACAUGAAAUUUUCGCAAUACCUGUGGAAAAAUCAAUAUUCAUCUUUGCUGUAUGCAAAAAUGGUCUCCCUAGGAUGAUUGGUGUAUCAUAAAACUAUCCAUUAAGAUCCAUUUCCAGCACUACAAAAUCAGUUGGAAAUUUACACUCUUUAACUGUCACUAUCACAUUUUCUAAAAUACCUUUAGGAUGUUUUAUGGAUCUAUCAACAAAUUGUAAGGUAACAGUAGAAGGUUUAAGAUCAGAAAUAUUAAAUUUAUCACAAAUACUUACAGGUAAUAAAUUAAUACUAGCACCGGUGUCAAGUAAUGCAUUCUAAAAAAUGAAUCCACCAAUAUCACACAAAAUUAAAGGGGCACCUGUAUCUCUCAAUUUAUAUGGUAAUUGAUUUAAUAAUAAUGCACUAGCAUGCAUAGAUAAUUUUUCACCUCUAGGUGCCCUUUUUGGUGUACACAUUUCUUUCAAAACUCAAGCAUAUUCAAGAAUAUGUUCAAUGGUAGUGAGUAAAGGAAAACUAAUUUGCACAUCUUGUAAAAUUUUCUUUAUUUUUUCAUUGUAUUCCUUUUUCUUUCUUUGUCUAGGCUCUAGAGCUCUAGGAAAUGGAAUGGUCGUCCUCUCUUUCGAAAUUUCCUUGGUAGAAUCUAUAAAAUCCUCUUCUACUCCUAUUUGAUUUUGUUUUGAUUUGUCCACGUUUUCUUUUUCUUCUAAUGUUUGGGGGUAAGGAUCAAGUAAGAUCUUACCACUCCUUAAUGCAUUCACUAUCCUAACAUUUUCAUUUCGUGGGUUUUUUCCUAGAUUCAUGCUACUAGACUCCCCUUGCUGAAAUCCUAUUGUUGGGCGGUUCCCUGAAUUUUCUAUGGGCUAACUAGGUAGCUGUCCCUCUUCUCUCUUAUUCUCAAGAGCCUCUAUAAUUUAUUUUUGGUGCAGCAUCAUUUGAUUCAUAGUUUCUUGAAUAUUAUUUGGGUCUCUCCAUGAAAAAUUAUUCCUCCAAUUAAGAUUAUAAGAAUUUGAAAAAGGUCCCUGUUUCUAUUAAAACUGUGAGCUACUUGCACUUGUUCUUGCAUAGGGUGAAAUGAUUGAUCUAAAUUAUAACAUUGAAAUUCAGAAUAAUCAUUUUCACCAUACAUAGGACAUGUACUAUUCGAAUUAAGUUGAGGGUUAAAAGGCUUUCUAAUAUUAUCAAUAAGUAAAUCAAUUUUUUCUAAUCUUUGAUUAAUCUGAUUAACCUCAUUUCUAAGUUUAGAAUCAUCAUCAUGAUGCAAUUCAUAAAUUCCUCUCUUCUUAUCCCUAUCAUAUAAUUCAAAAGAGGCUUGAUCUCUAAAAUUUUCACUUAAAUUCUCAUAAAGAUUGUAAAUCUCAUCAGGAGUUUUCUCCAUAAAAGCUCCUCCACAUAUAGAAUCAACCAUAUUUCUAUGUUGUUCUAAUAAUCCAUCAUUAAAAAUUCUAUUGAGCUGCCACUUGGGUAUAGCAUGAUGAGGACACUUUCUAAGUAAAUCUUUGAAUUUUUCCCAUGUCUCAUGCAAAGUUUCUCCUGGUCUUUGAGAAAAACUCUAUAUAUGUUUUCUCAUAUUUUGAGUUUUUCCUAAGGGAUAAAAUUUUCAAAGAAAGGCCUGUUCUAUAUCUUUCCAGCUAGUUAAUUUUCUAUCUAAUGUGGAUAGCCAAUGGCUAGCUUUGUCUCUAAGUGUAUGAGGGAAUAAUUUCAUCUUAAUAAUUUCUGGUGUAACUUGAGGGAGAUUAACUAAAUCACAGACCAUAUGAAAUUUUUCUAAGUGCUGAUGAGGUUCCUCUAAAGGCAAUCCAUGAAAAUUAGGGAGUAUUUGAAAAAUUCUUGGAUUUAUUUCGAAUUUAAUAGUGGGUGCUAAUGGGACUCUAAUAUUAGAUGCUCUUUGAAAUGAAUCAGGGAUAUAAUGAUUUUUCAUGGCCAUAGGAUUGUUCUCAGUUUGACCUAUACUUUCUUCAGGAUCCAUUAAAAUUAAUUUUUCUUUCGGAUUUUUAUUUUUGAAUGAAAUAAUGAAAGGAUUUUCUAGCCUUGGAUGCAAGGAUCUUCUACCAUGCAUAAAAAUCAAUAAAUUCGAGGGAAAAAGUUUAGUAACUGUUACCCUCCUUCAGGACGCUCCAGUCCUUGCCUUGCUUCUUUUCGUUCCCUUUUUGUAAUAAAAAAUCAGCAAAAAUAAAAAAAAAUAAGAGUUAAAUUUUUUCUUUUUUUUUGUGUACUCUAAGAGAAAAAUAGAAAAAUACUAAAUAUUAUGCAAUACAUCCCCAGCAACAGCACCAAAAUUUAACGUGACUUAGUUGUUGUAUAUUAAAUCACGCAAAUAUAAAAUUUCUAAAAUUAGAAAAUACGAAUUUUCGGAUAUUUAGAAGUAUUUCUGAACAAAUAUAUUAAUUAUAAUUCAAUAAAACUUCCAAAAAUAACGGUAAUUUUUUAGGUCAAUCACACGGAUGUAAUAUAAUAUCUGGUAAUUAUUCAGAAUUUUCCUCAGAGAAUAAUAUUAUAUAUGAAUUAUAUACUAAGAAAGGAAAAGGAAAUAUAUUUAAAAUUCACGAAAAAAGGAAAUAAGGGUGCGGACGUCAGGAUGACGUCAGUGCUUGGCGAAUGUGAAUCGGGCGGAAACAGAGUUCCACCUAGCGAUUCUUACGUAAGUGAUUACAGACGAUUUAAUUGAUCAAAUUAAGAUCUGUCAAAGCGUAAUAGAACAAAGUAUAUUUUGGUAAAUUAAAAUUACAAAAACUAUCACUAAAUGAAGCGUAAAGUAAGUUGAAAGCAGGAAAACAGAGUUCCGGUGUCGCGAUGGUGAUGCGUCGGCGAUGCACCGGAAUUCUGAGUGUUCGGGAGGAUCGUCGUGCAGUGUCCACGGCCUCGAAGGCUCUCCUUGGACAAAGACGACGUGGGCAAUCUCUAGAUCUUCUCGCGAAGUCUAGAGAUUAAUGAAAUGGGUCGUCGAAUCGUCUCCGGCGGCUGUCACCUGGCGGAGCGGAAAAACGGCGACUUUGCGGCUCACCAGUGGCUGUCACCCGACGGAGAGGAGCUGGAUGGAGGUGGGGCGCGUGUCAGGGAGCUUCAUCCUCAGGUCUGCACAGCAAGAGGAGGCUCUUCAUCGCAUCUGGUACGCUCUCAAGAGGUGGCGACUCGUCUCCCGGCGGAUCGUCCUCUUCCCGACGACGGCUUGCUUGUCGAUCAAUCGGAGAUGAUUUACUCGAUGGAUUCGCGAUCCUUUUAUCGCGAAUCGUUCAGCAAUUUUAGUAGCAAUGCUCCCCGAAUCGUGUUGACGAGAUUUUCGUCGAUGAUCCAGCGAUUCUCGUUGCUUAAUCCUUCAGCGGCGAUCUGCAGGAAAGUCACGAUAAUCAGAUAAAAAUAUAUGAAUUUUGACUCUAGGAGGAUUCGAACCCGCGCCGGUCGCCCCGCCUCUUCUGAGGAAGGUGUGACGGGGGUUUAGUCCCACAUCGGUUGUGCACCGAUUUUUCGGGCAAAUAUAUAGUAAUGUUAGCUUUGUAAGUAAAGUCUCUUCUCUCGCGUGUAUGACCACUCCUUGCCCCACAGCCGGCUGGCCACCGGUGACGUGGAAGGGGAGUGGCGUACACAUGCCCUAUCGGUCCCCAAGCCAAGCCGCUCGAGCCUCUGCUCGCGGCUACUCCCCGACUGCGCUUCCGACCCGCUUGCGGGCCUAGCUGGCCGGCGGGUCUCCCGUCCUUUUGUCUUAUUUUUAUUUCUUUUUCUUCAUUUAUCUCAAAAGCAAGACUAUAAAAAUCAUAUAAAUUUAUGUAAAAUUACAUAAUUACCUAAAAAUUCACAUUAAUCAACUGAAAACAACUUUUCACACUUUGACACAAAUAUAAGUCUAUUUAUCAUGAGUUAAUGCUAAAACUAUAUUAUUUACUAAUUAUUAACUCAUGAUAAUGAAGGCUUAUCAAAAAUGCAUAAAAAGAAAUGAUAGUUCUCCUCAAGAUAAAUUAUGUGCAUACACACAAAUAGAUCAAGUCCUCAAAUAUCUGCUAGAGACCAGCCAAUCACCUCUCUCUAUGUCCUAAGUACAUCAAGUAAUUUAUUCUCUUAAUCCUUAGACAAAUACUUUAUUAAGGGACUAGCAAUGAUUUAAGUUGGGGGGUGUGAUAAGUCUUCAUUAUCAUGAGUUAAUAAUUAGUAAAUAAUAUAGUUUUAGCCUUAACUAGUGAUAAAUAGACUUAUAUUUAUGUUAAAGUCUGAAAAGUUGUUUUCAGUUGAUUAAUGUCAUUUUUUGGGUAAUUAUAUGAUUUUAUACGAAUUUAUAUGAUUUUUACAGUCUUACUUUUGAGAUAAAUGAAAAAAAAGAAAUAAAACUAAAAUAUUGCAAAAUGGGGGGACCCGCUGGCCAGCUGGACCCGCAAGUGGGUCGGAAGCGUAGUCGGGGAGUAGCCGCGAGCAAGGGCUCGAGCGGCUUGAACCGAUGAUGUUGGCAGAUGUGCACCACUCCCCUUUCACGUCACUAGUGGCCAGCCGGCUGUGGGGCAAGGAGUGGUCGUACACGCGCGCUUGAUCGAGAAUGUAAUAUUACUUUAUAUUCGCCAGAAACUUUGGCACACAAGCGAUGUGGGACUAAACCCGCGUCACCUUCUUUAGAAAGGGCGGGCAACCGGCGCAGGUUUGAAUCCUCCUAGAGCCAAAACUCAUAUUUUUAUCUGAUUAUCGCGACUUUCCUGUAGAUCACCGGUAAAGGAUUAAGCAACCAGAAUCGCUGGAUCAUCGGCGAAAAUCUCGUCAAUGCAAUUCGCGGAGCAUUGUUACUCAAAUUGCUGAAGGAUUCGCAAUAAAAGGGUCGUGAAUCCAUUGAGUAAAUCAUCUCCGAUUGAUCGACGAACAAGCUGUCGUCGGGAAGAGGACAAUCCGCCGGGAGACAACUUGCCACCUCCUAAGAGCGUACCAGAUGCGAUGAAGAGCCUCCUCUUGCUGCGUGGACCUAAGAAUGAAGCUCCCUGACACGCGCCCCAUCUUCAUCCAGCUCUUCUCUGUCGGGUGACAGCCGCCGGAGAGCCGCAAAGUCGCCGUUUUUCCGCUCCGCCGGGUGACAGCCGCCGGAGACGAUUCGACGACCCAUUUUAUUAAUCUCUAGACUUCGUGAGAAGAUCUAGAGAUUGCCCACGUCGUCUUUGUCCAAGGAGAGCCUUCGAGGCCGUGGACACUGCACGACGAUCCUCCCGAACACUCAGAAUUCUUGUACAUCGCUGAUGCAUCGCCGCCGCGACGUCGGAACUCUGUUUUCCUGCUUUCAACUUAAUUUCUGUUUCAUUUAGUGAUAAUUUGUUGAUUUUAAAUUUGCCAACAUAUACUUCAUUUUAUUACGAUUCUUCCGUCUUUUACAGAUCUUAAUUUGAUCAAUUAAAUCAUCUUUAAUCGCUUAGGUAAGAAUCGCUAGGCGGAACUCUAUUUCCGCCAAAUUCACGUUCGCCGGGCACUGACAUCAUCCUGACGCCUGCACCCUUGUUUCCUUUUUUUGUGAAUUUUAAAUAUAUUUCCUUUUCAUUUCCUAGUAUAAAAUUCAUAGAAAAUCAUAUUCAUUGAGAAACAAGUCUGAAUAAUUACCAAAUAUUAUAUUACAUCCCUAUGAUCGACUUGAAAAAUUACUGCUAUUUUUGGAAGUUUUAUUGAAUUAUAAUUGAUACAUUUGUUCAGAAAUACUUCUAAAUAUCUAAAAAAUCGUAUUUUCUAGUUUUAUAAAUUUUAAAUUUCCGUGAUUUAAUAUACAAUGACUGAGUCACGUCAAAUUUUGGCGCCAUUGCUGAGGAUGUAUUACAUAAUAUUUAGUAUUUUUCUGUUUUUCUCUUAGAGUACACAAAAAAAAAUUAACUCUUAUUUUAUUUUCUUUUUGCCAAAUUUUUUUUUUUUAGAAAAAGGGAACGAAAAGAAGCAAGGCAAGGACUGGAGCAUACUGAAGGAGGGUAACAAUUAAUAAACUUUUCUCUCGAAUUUAUUGAUUUUUUAUGCAUGGUAGAAGAUCCUUACAUCCAAGGCUAGAAAAUCCUUUCAUUAUUUCAUUCAAAACUAAAAAUCCGAAAUAAAAAUUAAUUUUGAUAGAUCUUGAAGAAAGUACAAGUCAAAUUGAGAACAAUCCUAUGGCCAUGAAAAAUUAUUAUAUCCCUGAUUCAUUUCAAAGAGCAUCCAAUAUUAGAGUCCCAUUAGCACCCAAUGUUAAAUUCGAAAUAAAUCCAGGAAUUUUUCAAAUGCUCCUUAAUUUUCAUGGAUUGCCUUUAAAAGAACCUCAUCAGUACUUAAAUAAAUUUCAUAUGGUCUGUGAUUUAGUUAAUCUCCCUCAAGUUACACCGGUAAUUAUUAAGAUGAAAUUAUUUCCUCAUACACUUAGGGACAAAGCUAGCCAUUGGCUAUCUACAUUAGAUAGAGAAUUAAUUAACUAGAAAGACAUAGAACAGGCCUUUCUUCGAAAAUUUUAUCCCUUAGGAAAAACUCAAAAUAUGAGAAAAUAUAUAUAGAAUUUUUCUCAAAGACUAGGAGAAACUUUACAUGAGACAUGGGAAACAUUCAAAGAUUUACUUAGAAAGUGUCCUCAUCAUGCUAUACCCAAGUGGCAGCUCAAUAGAAUUUUUUAUGAUGGAUAAUUAGAACAUAGAAAUAUGGUUGAUUCUAUAUGUGGAGGAGCUUUUAUGGAGAAAACCCCUGAUGAGAUUUACAAUCUUUAUGAGAAUUUAAGUGAAAAUUCUAGAGAUCAAGCCUCUUUUGAAUUAUAUGACAGGGAUAAGAAGAGAGGAAUUCAUGAAUUACAUCAUGAUAAUGAUUCUAAAUUUAGAAAUGAGGUUAAUCAGAUUAAUCAAAGAUUAGAAAAACUUGAUUUACUUAUUGACAAUAUUAGAAAGCCUCUUAACCCUCAAUUUAAUUCAAAUAGUACAUGUCCUAUGUAUGGUGAAAAUGAUCACUUCGAAUUUCAAUAUCAUCCUAGGCAAGAACAAGUACAGGUACCCCAUGAUUUUAGUAAAAAUAGGGAAUAUUUUUCUAAUUCUUAUAAUCCUAAUUGGGGGAAUACCUUUUCGUGGAGAAACCCAAAUAAUAUUCAAAAUCUAGAAGUACUUAGAUUCAAUUCAAAUUUUGAAUUUCGUCCAAAAUAGGAACAUAGAUUUCAGAAAAAUCAGCCCUCUCAAAACCAACCUGAUACUAUAGAUAUGAUGCAGCAAAUGAGCCAAAUGAUACAACAAAUUAUAAAUCAAAUGAUGCUGCACCAGAAACAAAUUAUAGAGGCUCUUAGGAAUAAGAGAGAAGAGGGACAGCUACCUAGUCAGCCCAUAGAAAAUUCAGGAAACUGUCCAACAGUAAGAUUUCAGCAAGGAGAGUCUAGCUGGAUAAAUUUAGAAAAAAACCCACGAAAUGAAAAUGUUAGGUCAGUGAAUACAUAGAGUGAGAAUAUUUUACCUGAUCCUUAUUUCUAAUUAUUAGAAGAAAUUGAUGAGCCAUUAGAAGUAAAUGAGAAUAUUAAUGCUGAAAAUAUAGUAGCAGAAAAUUUGAAUAAAAACAUUUAUUACUCACAAUUGAUGAAUGAAUAUAGUGAGGAUGAUGAGGAGAAAGAGCCCUUAGAUGAAGAAACAGCAGUUGAUCAUGGAAAAAUCAUCCAAAUUUUAGUAGAAGGGAGUAUGGACAGAAAUGAAGAAAAACAUAUUUCAGGUGAGGAAAAAUUAGUUGAUUUGGGAGACAUAGGAGACGAAAUUAAUAAAUAUAAUCAUAAUUUUGUAGCCUUGGAUGUUGAUUGUGAGGAUGAUGAUGUAUAUCAUAUACCGAAAUUAAAAGAUAGCUCUUGGGAAGAUGAAGAAUUUGAUGAGUUGAGAAACAAAAAGCUAGAAAAAGAGUUGAUUUAACUAAUGGGGAGAAACGAAAAUAAUGGAUAUGAAUAUAGAGAUAAUUUUGGAAGAAAAAAUUUGAAUUUUAUUGAAUUUAUUAGAUUUGAGAUUAAAGAAGACAAUCCUUCCAUCUUUCAAAACCCACAGCCCAUUAGAAUUACUUCUAAGUUUGAAAUAUUUCACUCCUUGCAAAUUGAACAAAUAUGUAUGGAAGAUAAAAUGGGACAGGGGAAGAUUAUGCAGAUAAAAUAACACAUUAAGAAAUGGGUGAGUGGAAGAAUUAGAGAUAUCAAUUUAGAUGAAAAAAUUUUAGAUUGGGUAGGAGCUAAUUUGAAAAUUAUAUGGCCUGAUCACAUUUUAUGGUCUAUUAAUAGAAAGUAUUUAUUAAUGAAUGAGAGCCUUACAAAACAAGAUAGAAAUAAGGAAAGAUUCUUUUCAAACUAGAAAUAUUAUUUUUCAGAAAAUUUUGUUAAUUUCCAUUUUGUUUUGGCUGAAAGUAUGUCAAGGUAUAUAUAUGAAGUAUAUGAAUUUAUGCUAAAUCUGAAAAAGAAUAUCAUGAAACUUACCUUGGGAUAAAAAUAUAUUUUGAUGGGCAUAGAUCAUCUUAUAUGAUCUAAGAGCUGUCCAGCUGAAGACAUUAAAUUCAGCGCUGCAUGGGAGGCAACCCAUGGUUUUUAUUUCAUUCUCUUUGAUUUUUUUAAGCUCUAUUUUUCUUAGAAUUUCGCAAUACUUGUUUCUGUAUUUGUUUUUUCGAAAAAGUGCAAGAGGAGGAGUGUAAGACGAAGUGAAAAAUUAAAAACGAGGUUGAGGUGAUGUCUUUUGGAUCUUUAUCAUUUAUGACAACAUUUUUAAUGCUUAACUUUGCAUAUAUGCAUGCUUCACUUGAAAAUUAUAUUUUCUGUAUUUUUUAUUUCGAGUUUUCUGUUUCAUUGAGGACAAUGUAAUUUUUAAGUUGGGGGGUGAAGUAUUCAUUAUUAAUUUAUGCUGUAGGACGAUUAAGAACAUGUGUUUGCAUUAGAACAACAACUGAAAAACUAAAAAAUAAAAUAAAAUUCGGAAAAACUGCAACAUCUAUUUUCUGGUUUUCCGUCAGGAACAACAGACUGUCAAAAACAACAAACAAAAAACAGCUCGAAAUUUGAAAUUCUAGAGACCCUUUUCUCACAUUUCAAUCCCCUAGAAAUAUAUUACUGAAAUUCGAAAUUACAGCUAUAAAGAGGAUAGUUUUGAUUUAUUUUUGACAAAUUUAUUGUUGCUAAAAAUAGAACUAAAAAUAGAAAAUAGAAUUGUCAGAACUCUCUAAUUUACAAAUUUCUUACAUCAUAUUGCAUGCAUGAAAAAUUAAAUCAAUUAGAUUGAUUGAUACCAAAAGAUACUAGGAAGAUUAUUAUUCAGUCAAAAGAAUGAUCUAGUAGCAUGAAAUGUUGGAAUACUCCUUGGAUACAUGAUAGAUAAUAUGGAUUUGAUUUUACAGAUUUUCACUUCAUGAUCUUGAUGGAUAGUAUUUACUUGAUUUGAAAAUUUGAUUGAUCAUUUGAGUUUAAUAGAGAUUUUUGCACCCUGAUCUAUAGGACUUAUAAGGAGAAAUCACUUAUUUCGAAAAAAAAAAGAGGGAGAGCAAUGUGAAAAAUCUAGAAACGAAGAGUACACAUGGAGGGUGUGAGACAUUAUUCUCAUUGUCGAAAAUCGUGUAUAAAAAAACACUUGCUGGAAAAUAAGUGGAUAAAGUGAAAGCCCUGAAAAUUAAGAGUACACAUGGAGGGUGUGAGACAUCAUUCUCAUUGUUGAAAUUUGUCUACAUGAAAAGCUACUUAUCCACUAUAAAAGAAGGAAGAAAUAUAGUGCAAACUUCAAAAAUCAAGCCAUGGAAAAAGGGAAAUGUAGGAUCAAUAUUAUUCUUGGAUGAUUAUUGAUAAUUGGAACAUCUUGUAAAUAUAUAUAUGAGUGAAGAAGUGAAGUGAUAAAGAUGUGAAUAGAAGAAGUGAAGUCUAGAUUGUUAUUCCAAGGAGUGCUUAAAUAUUUAAGUGCUUGACAUCACCUCCCCCCUACUUAAGUCUUGCAUUGUCUUUAAUGCAUGUGAGAGAAGGGAAAAGAGAAGAAAAUUCUGAUUUUUAUGCCCCAUCUACUACACUGUUGCCCCUGAACGGUUCUAACUAAAGCACUCGACCAAUAAAAUAUGUCUAAAACAAAAGCUAGAAAGGAAAUGCAUAAAAAGAAAUGAUAGUUCUCCUCAAGAUAAAUUAUGUGCAUACACACAAAUAGAUCAAGUCCUCAAAUAUCUACUAGAGACCAGCCAAGCACCACUCUCUAUGCCCUAAGUAUAUCAAGUAAUUUAUUCUCUUGAUCCUUAGACAAAUACGAUGAUAUAAUCAUUGGAUAAGCUUGAUGUUAAUCAAAAAAUGCAUACUUUAGUGAAGAUGGUUGAUAAGUCUUCAUUAUCAUGAGUUAAUAAUUAAUUAAUAAUAUAGUUUUAAUCUUAACUCAUGAUAAAUAGACUUAUAUUUAUGUCAAAUUAUGAAAAAUAGUUUUUAGUUGGUUAAUUUGGCUAAUUAUGGGAUCUUGUGUGAAUUUAUAUAAUUUUUAUAAUCUUAUUUUUGAGGUAAAUGAAGACAAAAAAAAUAAAAAGAUAGAAGAAAGAGAAAACUUGCCACCUAGUCGAGCCCACAAGCAGGUUGGAAGCAUAGACAAGCAGAAUCGUGAGUAAGGGCUUGAGCGGCUAAAGACGGACUGAUAGGGGACACGUGCAUCACUCCCCUUCCACAUCAUCAAUGGCUAGUCGGGCAUGUGACAAAGAGCGGCCGUACACAUGUGAGAAAGGGACACAUUGAUUAUCAAGUCUAGUAUUACUAUAUAUCAACCUCAAAACUCGGCAUAUAAUCAAAUGUGGGACUAAACGUGGGGUCAUAGUCUCCGAAAAGUUUUAAUAAUUUUAAUACCUAAAAUAUCUCUUGUUUAGUAAACCACACAAAUUUAAAAUUUAUAAAACUAGAAAAUACUAAUUUUUAGAUAUUUAGAAGUAUUUUUAAAUAAUUAUAUCAAUUAUAAUUUAAUCAAAGUUCUAAAAAUAGUGGAAAGUUUCUAGGUCAAUCACAGGGAUGUAAUAUAAUAUCAAGUAAUAUUUCAGAAAUGUUCUCAAAGAAUACGAUUUUUUAUGAAUUUUAAACUAAAAAAUAAAUAAAGAAAAUAUUUUUAAAAAUUUGUGAAAAAGGGAAAUAAAGGUGUAGAUGUCAAGAUGAUGUCAGCACCUAACGAAUGCGAACCAAGCAGAAGUAGAAUUCUGCCUGGUGAUUUUUACAUAAGCGAUUAUAGACGAUUUAAUUAGUCAAAUUAAGAUCUGUAAAAGCUAGAAGAAUCGUUACAAGAAGUAUUUUGCAAGCCUUGUUGAUCCUAAUUUCACAUGUGGAAGCCCCACGAAAUCAACUAAGGUGCUACUACGAUUUUUAUUUUAUUUUUGCUAGUGUAAUCUUUACCAUGUUCUAUCCUUUUGUCUUAGGUUUAAUCAUGAUUAAUGAUUUGUAAAAGCAUCAACUAAUUUGAAAACUUUUCAACCGACUAUUGAUCAAGAAAGAGAAGGAUUCAAUUUACUACUCAUAGUUAAUAAUAAGAAUUCAUAACAUAAAUCCGGCAGAAGAUCAAACUAGAUUUUCUCAAUUUAAGAGUGUGGGUUAUAUGCACCGUGAAAGGUCAUGAACUUCAUCAUUUAGUUAUAAGCAUUAUAGCACCUGAUGUAAUCUCAUGUAUUCACCCUCAUGCAUUUAUUCUUCCCCCCCAAACAACCAUUCGCAUUGUCCUCAAUGCAUCUAUAUAAGAGAAAAAGGAGAAAGCAUUAAAUGUGCAAACUGAUUUUCACUCUUCAUCCUUUUGAUUUUCUUUUGUAUUAAUCCGUGUCAUGAUAUGCACUUCCUCUAGAACGCUGGAUCUGUUCGCUUAAUAAAAACUCAAGAGAAACAUCAAAGGAUAGAGAAAAAUAAUAAAAAGGGAAUGUAGUGGAAAAGAAAGCUAUGCCAUCUUAGAGUACAUGAUGGAGGGGAAGUUAUAAGAAGAUUGAGGUUCAAUGGAUGGAUCAUAUAAUUGAGUGCAAAUGGGUAAAGAAGGAGGGUUUGUUUCUAAAUAAGGUUUUAAUCUUUGCCCAUUCACAUUAAAAUUUUUACCAGUUUUCAGAUCUGCAAUUAAUAUUGCACCACAGUCAAAAACUUUAAUCACAAGGUAUGGUCCAUCCCAUCUAGAUUUUAAUUUCUCGAGGAAUAGUUUCAAUCGAGAAUUGUAAAGCCACUCUUUUUGAUGCUCAUGAAAACUCUUUCUGCUCACCUUCUUGUUAUAAAAAGCCUUCAUUUUUGCUCUAUAAAUCAGAGACUUCUCGUACAUCUCAUUGGGUAGUUCUUGAAGCUCUUGCAACUACAACAUACGGUGCUUACCUACGACGUCUAAAGAGAGAUUAAGAUUCUUUAUAGCCUAAUAAGCCUUAUGUUUGAUCUUCAUAGGAAGGUGACAAACCUUUUGAUGCGACUUAGUCGUUGUAUUGUAAAUCAUGUAAAUUUAAAAAUUAUAAAACUAGAAAAUACUAAUUUUUAAAUAUUUAGAAAUAUUUCUGAACAAAUAUAUCAAUUAUAAUUUUAUAAAAUUUACAAAAAUACUGGUAAUUUUUUAAGUCGAUCAGAAGGAUAUAAUAUAAUAUUGGGUAAUUUUUUAGUAUUUUCCUCAAAGAAUAUAAUAUUUUCUGAAUUUUAUACUAAGAAAUGAAAAUAAAAUCUAUUUAAAAUUCGUGAAAAAAGGAAAUAAGGGUGCGGAUGUUAGGCUGACGUCAGCAUCCGACAAACGCGAAUCAACAGAAAUAGAGUUCCACCUAGUGAUUCUUACGUAAGCGAUUACAAAUGAUUUAAUUGAUCAAAUUAAGAUCUGUAAAAGGCGGAAGAAUCGUAAUUGAAUGAAAUAUAGCUUGGUAAAUUUAAAUCACACAAAUUAUCAGUAAUGAAGUACAAAUUAAGUUGAAAGUAGAAAAAUAAAGUUCUAGCAUCACGACGGUAAUCUGUCGACGAUGCACGGAAAUUCUGAACAUUCGGGAAGAUUGUCGUGUAGUGUCCAUGGCCUCGAAGGCUCUCUUUGGACAAGGACGACAUGGGCAAUUUGAAGAUAUCCUUGCGAAGUCUAGAGAUCAAUGAAAUGGGUUGUCAAAUCGUCUCCGGUAGUUGUCACUCAGCGGAGUGAAAAAAUGAUGACUUUGUGGCUCUCUAGUGGCUGUCACUAACGUGACUUAGUCAUUGUAUAUUAAAUCACGUAAAUAUAAAAUUUAUAAAACUAGAAAAUAUGAAUUUUCAGAUAUUUAAAAGUAUUUAUGAACAAAUAUAUCAAUUAUAAUUCAAUAAAACUUUCAAAAAUAGCAGUAAUUUUUCAGGUUGAUCACAGGGAUGUAAUAUAAUAUUUGGUAAUUAUUCAGAAUUGUCGGCAAAGAAUACUAUUUUCUAUGAAUUUUAUACUAAGAAAUGAAAAGAAAAUAUAUUUAAAAUUCACGGAAAAAGGAAAUAAGGGUGUAGAUGUCAGGAUGAUGUCAGCACCCGGCAAAUGCAAAUUGGGCAAAAAUAGAGUUCUGCCUGGCGAUUCUUAUGUAAGCGAUUACAGAUGAUUUAAUUGAUCAAAUUAAGAUCUGUAAAAGCCGGAAGAAUCGUAAUUGAACGAAGUAUAUUUUGAUAAAUUAAAAUCACACAAAUUAUCACUAAAUGAAGCGUAAAGUAAGGUGAAUGCACGAAAAUAGAGUUCUGGCGUCGCGGCGGUGAUACGUCGGCGAUGCACCAGAAUCUUGAGUGUUCAGGAGGAUAGUCAUGCAGUGUCCAUGGCCUUGAAGGCUCUCCUUGGACAAGGACGAUGUGGGUAAUCUCUAGAUCUCCUUGCAAAGUCUAGAGAUCAAUGAAAUGAGUCGUCGAAUCAUCUCCGGCGGCUGUCACCGGGUAGAGUAGAAAAACGGCGACUUUGUGGCUCUCCGACGGCUGUCACCUGACAGUGAGGAGCUGGAUGGGGGUGGGGCGCGUGUCAGGGAGCUUCAUCCUCAAGUCCGCGCAGCAAGAGGAGGCUCUUCAUCGCAUCUAGUAUGCUCUCAGAGGUGGCGACUUGUCUCCCGGCGGAUCAUCCUCUUCCCGAUGACGGCUUGUUCAUCGAUAAAUCAGAGAUGCUUUACUUGAUGGAUUCACGAUCCUUGUAUUGCGAAUUGACGUGACUCAGUCGUUGUAUAUUAAAUCAUGCAAAUCUAAAAUUUAUAAAACUAGAAAAUACGAUUUUUCAGAUAUUUAGAAGUAUUUCUGAACAAAUGUAUCAAUUAUAAUUCAAUAAAACUUCCUCAAAUACUAGUAAUUUUCUUGGUCGAUCACAAGGAUGUAAUAUAAUAUUUGGUAAUUAUUCAGAUUUUUUCUCAAUGAAUAUAAUUUUCUAUGAAUUUUAUAUUAGGAAAUGAAAAAGAAAUAUAUUUAAAAUUCACGAAAAAAGGAAAUAAGGGUGCGGACGUCAAAAUGACGUUAGUGCCCGACGAUUGCGAAUCGGGAAAAAACAGAGUUCCACCCGGCGAUUCUUAUGUAAGCGAUUACACACGAUUUAAUUGAUCAAAUUAAGAUCUGUAAAAGCCGGAAGAAUCGUAAUUGAACGAAGUAUAUUUUGGUAAAUUAAAAUCACACAAGGUAUCACUAAAUGAAGCGUAAAUUAAGUUGAAAGCAAGAAAACAGAGUUCCGGCAUCGUGGCGGCGAUGCGUCGGCAAUGCACCGGAAUCGUGAGCGUUUGGGAGGAUUGUCUUGUAGUGUCCACAGCCUUGAAGGCUCUCCUUGGACAAAGAUGACGUGGGCAAUCUCUAGAUCUCCUUGAGAAGUCUAGAGAUUAAUGAAAUGGGUCGUUGACUCGUCUUCGGCGGCUGUCACCCGGCGGAGCGGAAAAACGGCAACUUUGCGGCUCUCCGGCGGCUGUCACCCGACGGAGAGGAGCUGGAUGGAGGUGGGGCGCAUGUCAGGGAGCUUCAUCCUCGGGUCUGCGCAGCAAGAGGAGGCUCUUCAUCGUAUCUGGUACGCUCUCAGGAGGUGGCGACUCGUCUCCCAACAGAUCGUCCUCUUCCCGACGACGGCUUGUUUGUCGAUCAAUCGGAGAUGCUUUACUCGAUGGAUUCCAGAUCCUUUUAUCGUGAAUCGUUCAGCAUGUUUAGUAACAAUGCUCCGCGAAUCGUGUUGACGAGAUUUUCACCGAUGAUCCAACGAUUCUAGUUGCUUAAUCCUUCACUGGCGCUCUGCAAGAAAGUCACGAUAAUCAAAUAAAAAAUAUGAGUUUUGGCUCUGAGAGGAUUCGAACGCGCACCGGUUGCCCGCCCUUUCUGGGGAAGGUGACGCGGGUUUAGUCCCACAUUGGUUGUGCGCCGAAGUUUCUGGUGAAUAUAAAGUAAUAUUACAUUCCCGAUCAAGCGUGCGUGUAUGACCACUCCUUGCCCCACAGCCGACUGGCCACUGGUGACGUGGAAGGGGAGUGGCGUACACGUUCCCCCAUCGGUUCAAGCCGCUUGAGCCCCUGCUCGCGGCUAUUUCCUGACUGCGCUUCCGACCCGCUCGCGGGUCUGGCUGGCCGGCGGGUCCCCCCAUUUUGCAAUUUUUUUUUUAAUUCUUUUUCUUCAUUUAUCUCAAACGUAAGACUGUAAAAAGCAUAUAAAUUUGUAUAAAAUCACAUAAUUACCUAAAAAAUCACAUUAAUCAACUAAAAACACUUUUCACACUUUAACACAAAUAUAAGUCUAUUUAUCAUGAGUUAAGGCUAAAACUAUAUUAUUUACUAAUUAUUAACUCAUGAUAAUGAAGACUAAUCACGAAUUGUUCAGCAAUUUUAGUAACAAUGCUCUGCGAAUCGCAUUGACGAGAUUUUCACCGAUGAUCCAGCGAUUCUGGUUGCUUAAUCCUUCACCAACGAUCUGCAGAAAAGUCGCGAUAAUCAGAUAAAAAAGAUGAGUUUAGGCUCUGGGAGGAUUCGAACCCACGGCGGUUGCCCCGCCCCUUUUGAAAAGGUGACGCGGGUUUAGUCCCACAUCGGUUGUGCGUCAAAUUUUCGGACGAAUAUAUAGUAAUGUUAGAUUUCUAAGCAAGUCCCUUUCUCGCACGUGUAUGACCACUCCUUGCCCCACAGUCGGCUGGCCACCGGUGAUGUGGAAGGGGAGUGGCGCACACGUGCCCCCAUCGGUUCAAGCCGCUCAAGCCCCUGCUCGCGGCUACUCCCCGACUACACUUCCGACCUGCUUGCCCCGACUGGCUGGCAGGUCCCCCAAUUUUGCUAUAUUUUUAUUUUAAUUUCUUUUCCUUUAUUUAUCUCAAAAGUAAGAUUGUAAAAAUCUUAUAAACUCACAUAAUUACCUAAAAAUUCACGUUAAUCAACUGAAAACUACUUUUCACACUUUAACACAAAUAUAAGUCUAUUUAUCAUGAGUUAAGGCUAAAACUAUAUUAUUUACUAAUUAUUAACUCAUGAUAUUAAAGACUUAUCACACCCCCCAACUUAAAUCAUUGCUAGUCCCUUAGCAAUGGAAUUACGAAAAUAAAAAUUUAUAAAUCUCAAACAUCAUAUUUCAAUAUAGAAAGAAAAUAAAAUACAAUUAGAAAUGAUGCACCUUUAGACACUUUGGACUCUUAUAUCAAGUAUUUAAGAAUGAUGUCAAGCACUUAGAUGUUUAAGUACUCCUUGGAAUAACAAUCUAGACUUCACUUCUUCUAUUCACAUCUUUAUCACUUCUUUACUCAUAGAUAUAUUUACAAGAUGUUCCAAUUAUCAAUAAUCAUCUAAGAAUAAUAUUGAUCCUACAUUUCCCUUUUUCCAUGGCUUGAUUUUUGAAGUGUGCACUAUAUUUCUUCCUUCUUUUUUUUUUGAUAUAUAUAGUGGAUAAGUAGCUUUUCCUGUAGACAAAUUUUGACAAUAAGAAUGAUGUCUCACAGCCUCCAUGUGUACUCUUCAUUUUCAGGGCUUUCACUUUAUCCACUUAUUUUGCAGUAAGUGUUUUUCUAUACACGAUUUUCGACAAUGAGAAUAAUGUCUCACACCCUCCAUGUGUACUCUUCGUUUCUAGAUUUUUCACAUUGCUCUCCCUCUUUUUUUCAAAAUAAAUGAUUUCUCCUCACAAGUCCUAUAGAUCAGGGUGCAAAAAUCUCUAUUAAACUCAAAUGAUCAAUCAAAUUUUCACAUCAAGUAAAUACUAUCCAUCAAGAUCAUGAAGUGAAAAUCUGUAAAAUCAAAUCCAUGUUAUCUAUCAUGUAUCCAAGGAGUAUUCCAACAUUUCAUGCUACUAGAUCAUUCUUUUGACUCAAUAAUAAUCUUCCUAGUAUCUUUUGGUUAAUCAAUCUAAUUGAUUUAAUUUUUCAUGCAUGCAAUAUGAUGUAAGAAAUUUGUAAAUUAGAUAGUUCUGACAAUUCUAUUUUCUGUUUUUAGUUCUAUUUUUAGCAACAAUAAAUUUGUCAAAAAUAAAUCAAAACUAUCCUCUUUAUAGUUGUAAUUUCGAAUUUCAGUGAUAUAUGUCUAGGAGAUUGAAAUGUGAGAAAAGGGUCUCUAGAAUUUCAAAUUUCAGGCUGUUUUUUGUCUGUUGUUCCUAACAGAAAAUCAGAAAAUAGAUAUUGCAGUUUUUACGAAUUUUAUUUAUUAUUUUUUUUUUUCAGUUGCUGUUCUAAUGCAAACACAUGUUCUUAAUCAUCCUACAGCAUAAAUUAAUAAUGAAUACUUCACCCCCCAACUUAAAAAUGACAUUGUGCUCAAUGACACAGAAAAUCAAAAUAGAAUAUGUAGAAAAUAUAAUUUUCAAGUGAAGCAUGCAUAUGCGCAAAGUUAAGCAUUAAAAAUAUUUUCAUAAUUGAUAAAACUCAGAAAGACAUCACCCCAACCUCGUUUUUAAUUUUUCACUUCAUCUUACACUCCUCCUCCUGCACUUUUUCGAAAAAACAAAUACAAAAACAAGUACUGCAAAAUUCUAAGAAAAAUAGAGCUUAGAAAAAAAUCAAACAGAAUGAAAUAAAAACCAUGGGUUGCCUCCCAUGUAGCACUAGAUUUAAUAUCUUCAGCUGGACAGCUCUUAGAUCAUAUAAGAUGAUCUAUGGCCAUCAAAAUAUAUUUCUAUCCCUAGGUAAGUUUCAUGAUAUUCUUUUUCAGAUUUAGCAUAAAUUCAUAUACUUCAUAUAUAUACCUUGACAUACUUUCAGCCAAAAAAAAAUGGAAAUUAACAAAAUUUUCCCAAAAAUAAUAUUUCCAUUUUGAAAAGAAUCUUUCCUUAUUUCUAUCUUGUUUUGUAAGGCUCUCAUUCAUUAAUAAAUACUCUUUCUAUUAAUAGACCAUAAAAUGUGAUCAGGCCAUAUAAUUUUCAAAUUAGCUCUUACCCAAUCUAAAUUCUUUUCAUCUAAAUGAUAUCUCUAAUUCUUCCACUCACCCAUUUCUUAAUGUGUUCUUUUAUCUACAUAAUCUUCCCCUGCUCCAUUUUAUCUUCCAUACAUAUUUGUUCAAUUUGCGAGGAGUGAAAUAUUUCAAGCUUAGAAAUAAUUCUAAUGGGCUGUGGGUUUUGAAUGAUGGAAGGAUUACCUUCUUUAAUCUCAAAUCUAAUGAAUUCAGUAAAAUUCAAAUUUUCUCCUCCAAAAUUAUCUCUAUAUUCAUAUUCAUUAUUUUCGUUUCUCUCCAUUAGUUGAAUUAACUCUUUUUCUAGUUUUUCAUUUCUCAACUCAUCAAAUUCUUCAUCUUCCCAAGAGCUAUCUUUUAAUUUUGGUAUAUGAUAUACAUCAUCAUCCUCACUAUCAACAUCCAUGGCUGCAAAAUUAUGAUUAGGUUUAUUAAUUUUGUCUCCUACAUCUCCCAAAACAACUGAUUUUUCCUCACCUGAAAUAUGUUUCUCUUCAUUUCUGUCCUUACUCCCUUCUACUAAAAUUUGGAUGAUUCUUCAUUCUAAGGGCUCUUUCUCCUCAUCAUCCUCACUAUAUUCAUUCAUCAAUUGUGAGCAAUAAAUGAUUUUAUUCAAAUUUUCUGCUACUAUAUUUCUAGCCUUAAUAUUCUCAUUUACUUCUAUUGGCUCAUCAAUUUCUUCUAAUAAUUGGAAAUAUGGAUUUGGUAAAACAUUCUCACUCAAUGUAUUCACUGUCCUAACAUUUUCAUUUCGUGGGUUUUUUUCUAAAUUUAUCCAGCUAGACUCUCCUUGCUGAAAUCCUACUAUUGGACAGUUUCCUGAAUUUUCUAUGGGCUGACUAGGUGGCUGUCCCUCUUCUCUCUUAUUCCCAAGAGUUUCUAUAAUUUGUUUCUAGUGCAACAUCAUUUGAUUCAUAGUUUGUUGCAUCAUUUGGCUCAUUUGCUGCAUCAUUUCCAUAGUAUCAGGUUGGGUUUGAGAGGGCUGAUUUUUCUGAAAUCUAUAUUCUUGUUUUGGACGAAAUUUAGAGUUUGAAUUGAGUCUAAGUGCUUCUGAAUUUUGAAUAUUAUUUUCAUGAAAAAUUAUUCUUCCAAUUAGGAUUAUAAGAAUUUGAAAAAGGUUCCCUAUUUCUAUUAAAACCGUGAGCUACUUGCACUUGUUCUUGCCUAGGGUGAAAUGAUUGAUCUAAAUUAUAGUAUUGAAAUUCAGAAUAAUCAUUUUCACCAUACAUAGGAGAUGUACUAUUUGAAUUAAAUUGAGGGUUAAGAGGCUUUCUAAUAUUGUCAAUAAGUAAAUCAAGUUUUUCUAAUCUUUGAUUAAUCUGAUUAACAUCAUUUCUCAAUUUAGUCAUCAUGAUGCAAUUCAUAAAUUCCUCUCUUCUUAUCCCUAUCAUAUAAUUCAAAAGAGGCUUGAUCUCUAGAAUUUUCACUUAAAUUUUCAUAAAGACUGUAAAUCUCAUCAGGGGUUUUCUCCAUAAAAGCUCCUCCACAUAUAGAAUCAACCAUAUUUCUAUGUUGUUCUAAUAAUCCAUCAUAAAAAAUUCUAUUGAGCUGCCACUUUGGUAUAGCAUGAUGAGGACACUUUCUAAGUAAAUCUUUGAAUUUUUCCCAUGUCUCAUGCAAAGUUUCUACUGGUCUUUGAGAAAAAUUCUAUAUAUGUUUUCUCAUAUUUUGAGUUUUUCCUAAGGGAUAAAAUUUUCGAAGAAAGGCUUGUUCUAUGUCUUUUCAGCUAGUUAAUUCUCUAUCUAAUGUGGAUAACCAAUGGCUAGCUUUGUCCCUAAGUGUAUGAGGAAAUAAUUUCAUCUUAAUAAUUUCCGGUGUACCUUGAGGGACAUUAACUAAAUCACAAACCAUAUGAAAUUUUUCUAACUGUUGAUGAGGUUCCUCUAAAGGCAAUCCAUGAAAAUUAGGGAGCAUUUGAAAAAUUCCUAGAUUUAUUUCGAAUUUAACAGUGGGUGCUAAUGGGACUCUAAUAUUGGAUGCUCUUUGAAAUGAAUCAGGGAUAUAAUAAUUUUUCAUGGCCAUAGGAUUGUUCUCAGUUUGACCUGUACUUUCUUCAGGAUCUAUCAAAAUUAAUUUUUUUCUUUCGGAUUUUUAGUUUUGGAUGAAAUAAUAGAAGGAUUUUCUAGCCUUGGAUGCAAGGAUCUUCCACCAUGCAUAAAAAAAAGUAAUAAAUUCGAGGGAAAAAAGUUUAGUAAUUGUUACCCUCCUUCAGUAUGCUCCAGUCCUUGCCUUGCUUCUUUUCAUUCCCUUUUUCUAAAAAAAAAUUUCGGCAAGAAAAAAAUAAAACAAGAGUUAAUUUUAUUUUUUUUGUACUCUAAGAAAAAAAUAGAAGAAUACUAAAUGUAUGCAAUACAUCUCCGGCAACGGCGCCAAAAUUUGAUGUGACUUAGUCGUUGUAUAUUAAAUCACGCAAAUAUAAAAUUUAUAAAACUAGAAAAUAUAAAUUUUCAAAUAUUUAGAAGUAUUUCUGAACAAAUAUAUCAAUUAUAAUUCAAUAAAACUUCCAAAAAAAACACUAAUUUUCCAGGCCAAUCACAAGGAUGUAAUAUAAUAUCUAGUAAUUAUUCAGAAGUUUUUGCAAAGAAUACUAUUUUCUAUGAAUUUUAUACUAGGAAAUGAAAAGGAAAUAUAUUUAAAAUUCACGGAAAAAGAAAAUAAGGGUGCAGACGUCAAGAUGACAUCAGCGCCCGACAAAUGCGUAUCAGGCGGAAACAGAGUUCCACCCGACGAUUCUUAGGUAAGCGAUUACAGAUGAUUUAAUUGAUCAAAUUAAGAUCUGUAAAAGUCGGAAGAAUCGUAAUUGAACGAAGUACAUUUUGGUAAAUUAAAAUCACACAAAUUAUCACUAAAUGAAGCGUAAAGUAAGGUGAAAGUAGGAAAGCAGAGUUUCGGCAUCGCGGCGGCGAUGCAUCGGCAAUGCAUUAGAAUCCUGAGCAUUCGGGAAGAUAGUCGUGUAGUGUCUACAGCCUUGAAGGCUCUCUUUGGACAAGGACGAUGUGGGCAAUCUCUUGAUCUCCUUGCAAAGUCUAGAGAUCAAUGAAAUGGGUCGUCAAAUCAUCUCUAACGGCUAUCACCCGGCGGAGCAGAAAAAGGGCGACUUUGCGACUUUGCUGUUACCCGACCGAGAGGAGCUGGAUGGAGGUGAGGCGUGUGUCAAGGAGCUUCAUCCUCAAGUUCGUGCAACAAGAGUAGGCUCUUCAUCGCAUCUGGUACGCUCUCAGGAGGUGGCGACUCAUCUCCCGGCGGAUUAUCCUCUUCCCGACGACAGCUUGUUCGUCGAUCAAUCGGAGAUGCUUUACUUGUUGGAUUUGCGAUCCUUUUAUCGUGAAUUGUUCAACAAUUUUAGUAACAAUGCUCCGCGAAUUGCGUUGACAAGAUUUUCGCCGAUGAUCCAGCGAUUCUUGUUGCUUAAUCCUUCCGUGGCGGUCUGAAGGAAAGUCAUGAUAAUCAGAUAAAAAAAUAUGAGUUUUGGCUUUGGGAGGAUUCGAACCCACGCCGGUUGCCCCACCCCUUCUGGGAAGAUGACGCGGGUUUGGUCUCACAUCGGUUGUGCGUCGAAUUUUCGGACGAAUAUAUAGUAAUGUUAGAUUUCUAAGCAAGUCCGUUUCUCGCGCGUGUACGACCACUCCUUGCCCCACAGCCGGCUUGCCACCAGUGAUGUGGAAGGAGAGUGA